AAUAAUUCUUAUUUAUACGUGUUUUUUGUUAUUUUAUGAAGCUUAGUAUAAAACUAAAAGUUAAAAUAAUGCGAACAAAUUUCUUGAAAAUAAGUGGUGCAUACGCGAAUAUAAACAAACGUUAACUUCAAUUGGUGUAAUGUCUAUAAGUAACAUGACGAAAGACUAUGAUUACUUGUUAAAAGUAUUAUUAGUAGGAGAUAGCGAUGUUGGAAAACAUGAAAUUCUGUCCGGCUUGGAAGACGCGUCAUCUGAAAGUCCCUUUUGUAGUGGCAAUGCUUAUAAGACGACCACAAUACUGCUGGAAGGCAAAAGGGUCAGACUUCAACUAUGGGAUACUUCUGGUCAAGGACGGUUCUGCACAAUUAUAAGAUCAUAUUCACGGGGAGCCCAAGGAAUUAUAUUGGUCUAUGACAUUACAAACAAAUGGAGUUUCGAUGGAAUUGAUCGAUGGCUCAAAGAAGUUGAAGAGCAUGCUCCAGGAAUACCAAAAGUUCUUGUUGGAAACAGACUCCACUUGGCCUUUAAAAGACAAGUAGCAGCUAAGCAAGCAGAGUUGUACGCUUCCCGUAAUAAUAUGUCAUGUUUUGAAAUAUCUCCUCUAUGUGAUUUUAACAUCAGAGAAUCAUUCUGCGAAUUGGCGCGUAUGGCUCUUCAUAGAAAUGGUAUGGAAAGAAUUUGGCGAAACAAUAAAGUUCUAUCACUACAGGAAUUAUGCUGCCGAACCAUAGUAAGACGUACCAGCGUUUAUGCCAUUGAAUCAUUACCGUUACCCCCAUCUGUAAAGUCUACAUUGAAAUCAUAUGCAUUAACAACAUCUCAAUGCUUUAAUACCCUAAAUAACAGUUCCAAGAGCAAAAACCGAUGUAAGACUCCAAUUAGUGGUAGCGGAAGAAACAGUUGCUGUAUAACGUGAUCCUGUGGUACACAUAUUAAGAUUGAAGCACAAAAUAAUUGAUAAUCGUAUUCGCAAUAACAAAAAAAAAUGUCCUAAUGUCCAAAUCCGCCUUAGUACAUAACAGUGGUAUCCGUUGGACUGUUUAAUCCAACGUCAAAAUACUAUGUGGCAGGAAAUGAAAAUAAAAAUGAUUUAUUACGGUGACGUUUUU